CAGCAAAAACCUAUCCUCAGCUUUUACACCACCCCCACUUGCCAGCCAACCAACUCACCCACCAACAGACCCGUGAUCGAAUAGCGAGCACCACCGUCAAGCAUCUCGAUUCAAAGGGAUAGUAGAACCCCCGGAAAAAGCAAAACAAUCACCAUCUCCACCUUCCCGCAAUGUCGUCUUCCUCUUCCUCCGCGCCACUUCUCUAGUAAGCUCCCCCCAGCUAGCUAACGACAACUCGCUCACCUUAUAGCGCAUGCGUCGCCCACGGUACCACCAUCCUCUCCGAAUACUCUCUCAGCGGAACCGCAUCCGCGAACGCUUCAUCCCUCGCCUCCCUCAUCCUCCCCAAGAUCUCACAUACGAGCGCACAGAAGCUCACCUACACCCACGGCCAGCACAACAUCCACUAUAUCGCGAAUGCCUCCUCGCAGUCCAUCCCGUCAGGUCUGACCUUCUUGGUCAUCUCCACCGCGCUGGUGGGGCGUAAACUACCGUUCGGUUACCUCCUCGAGAUCCAACGCCUCUUCACGAGCAAGUACCCCGCCAGCACCAUUGCCGACGCCCCGCCCUACGGAUGUGCCGAGUUCAAUUCCACGCUCGCCGCUACCAUGCGCCAGUUCGAGGCCGGCGGCGAGAACGAGGACGUCGUCGCCAAGGCUCAGAGGGAAAUCGAGAGCGCGCGUGGCAUCAUGACCGAGAAUAUCGAGAGGGUGCUGGAGAGGGGUGAGAGAAUUGAUCUGCUCGUCGACAAGACCGCUGGACUGCAGAGUGGGGCGAUGGAAUUCAGGGUCCGGAGUCGCGGGCUCAGGAGGAGAAUGUGGUGGAAGAACACCAAGGUUUGUCAUUAUCACGUCAUGAGAUGGGGGAUGGAGCGCUAACGGGGGACCAGUUGAUGAUAUUGCUGGUGUUUGUAGUUAUCUUCUUGGUUUACUUGUUUGUUGGGAUGGGAUGUGGGCUUCCGGGUUUGUCUUAUUCAUCUUGCUGCUGGGGUUGGUAAACUGCGCUAAUAUAUACUCUAGGCUGGUCCCGCUGCGUCGGUUAAACUGUCCGGGAAACUCUCAAUGUGGCUUCUAUUUCAAAUUUCAUUUCUUUUACUGGGGCUCUUGGGAUUUCACUUUGCUUUUCCUAUUCUCUUUUUCUUGCUUCCUGUUCUCUUGUUCUCUACUUAUUCUUAUACAACUCAUGUGUUACUACUCAACUGUACCAGGAUCAACCAGGAAGGGAAAAACGGAUGCCGGCUGGGACUAGACGGACAGACAGGUCUUUGGCUUUCACUUGUUUUUUUUUUUUUUUUUUGUCUUUCCUUUUUUUUGUCGUCCCCACUUGACUUGGAUUCAUCUCCUACUUGUUUUGCUCUAUUUUUAUUCGGUAAACCGGCGAAUAGCAAGGGUUUCAUCUCUUCUUGUAAAUUCCUUUGCACAAAAUCUCUCGAUUCCGUGC